AAGGUGCCCUGGGUUAUUCCUGAACAAACUCUCAAAGUCUGAGAGCUAAGAAGGCUGUUCCAGAGAGGGGACUAACUGGAGCGGUGGCUGAGCUCAAGGACGGGGGUGAAGGAUGACUCAGCAGGGAGCUGCUCUUCAAGGUUACAAUAACGAGCUAGUGAAAUGCAUUGAAGACUUGUGUAUGCAAAAAGAAGAGCUGACCAAACAAAUCCAGCAAGCAGAAGAGGAAAAAAAUAAACUCCAGCAUGAAAUCCAAGUCCUGAAUGAAGAACUGGAGCGUGUCUGUGAAAACCUGGCCCAAAAGGUAGCUUCACGGAAUGAGCUUGAUAAAAUUCUUGCUGAAACCGAAGCUGCUUAUAUGAAGAUUUUGGAUAGUUCUAGAACUUUACUUAAUGUCCUGAAGAAGGAAGUGGGAAAUUUAAAGCAUACGCCAGAACUGAAAACUAAUGUAACCUGAAACACUCAACUGUUUGGACUCCGCAGUGCUUAAAUUCCACUAGGUGAGAGAUGUGGUUAGCCACAGAGCCUUGCAACAACAGUAUAAGCAGAGAGGGAUUUUCUUCCAACUUUUUUGUAUGUUACUAUUUUUAAAUGCACUAGAAAAAUAAAUGAA